AGGCCUCGCAUCCUUAUCUCUUGGAGUUUGUACCUAUUCAUAGAUGAGAUCAUAGAGUUUCUUCUACAUACUUCGAUUCAAGUUUACUCAAACUAUGCCGGAUACAGAAAUUUCCCCAUCUGCCACCGUUCCUUCCACGGAUACGAAGGAAUCGGACGCUUCAACAAAGGAUAACGAAGCGGUCGAUGCCGAGACCAAAGAAGGUGAGACCACUGAAGCUGACAUGAAGGAGAAAAAAGAUGAAAAGAAAGGAAAUGGAUUGAUAGACAAUAUAGAUAUAAGUCGGGAGGCGCGAAAUCGCGUAAAGUUGUAUGUGCUGUGUGAUCAACGGGUUUGGGAUGACCGCGGUACGGGUCACGUGGCUUGCGUUCAAAUACCUAAUCAACAAGGUUUUGUCAUUAUUGUUAGGUUGGAAUCGGCAACGAGUGGUCAAGAUAAGAAUGUGCUCGAAUCAAAAAUUCUCAUGGAUACCGUUUAUCAAAAGCAGCAGGAAACCCUGAUUGUGUGGUCAGAAUCCGACACAUGCGACCUGGCGCUCAGCUUCCAGGAAAAGUCAGGUUGUGAAGAGAUCUGGGCUAAGAUUUGUGAAGUCCAAGGACGUGACCCUGGAGAUGCGGAUGGCGGCUACGAUGAGAUGGAUGACGGCGAGUUGAGCGAAGGCUCCUCGAAUGCAUUGGCCGGUGGAGGUGCUGCUGGUCGUGUCGUCAUUCCACCGAUUGAAGUUGGUCGUUUGGCCGAAGUAGACACAAUGAUUCAAAAUCAUCUUGCUACGCAAGUGUUGCGAGAGAAAAUGGCCAACGCGAUCGAGUCAGAAGGAGUUUUGCCGAAAUUGGUCGAUGUUUUUCAUAUGUGUGAAGAUAUAGAACAUAAGGAUGGGCUUCGUACAUUAUAUUCUAUUGCAAAAAAUCUAUUCAUGUUGAAUAGAAAUAGCCUUAAUGAGACACUGCUGAGUGAUAAAUAUCUCAAAGACCUCAUUGGUAUGCUAGAAUAUGAUCCAGCCCAUGAAGCGCCUCGUAAACAUCGAGAAUUUCUUUAUGAGAAGGCAAAAUUCCGUGAAGUGCUGCCCAUUGCUAACGAGGAACUCAAGGAGAAAAUUCAUCAAACUUAUCGAGUCCAGUACUUGCAAGAUGUUUGCCUACCUGCUCCAUCACUCUUUGAAGAAAAUCUCCUCUCCGUUUUGAAUAGUUAUCUGUUUUUCAACAGAAUUGAUAUAGUCAAUAUGCUACAGAAGGAUAAACGGUUGAUGAAAGAACUUUUUGAUCAACUUCGAGAUCCCGAGACAACUGUUGCGAGGCGGAGAGAUCUGGCAUUUUUCCUCAAAGAGUUCAUCACGCUUAGCCAGGGUUUGCCACCGAAUGGAGCGCAAAGCAAAGAUAACUUCUUUAAGAACUUGCAAGCCAAUGAUGUUCUGGGAACGAUUGAGCCUUGUAUCAAGUCUCCUGAUCCCGAUACUCGAACCACAAUUGUUGAUAUGCUUGCUCUUCUUGUCGAUCACAGCCCACAACUUAUACGAGAUUACCUCCUUAGGCAAGCAAAGGACAAGAGUGAUGAUGAAGUCCUCUUGAAUCGUCUCUUGGUCCAUAUGCAGACUGAUCGCGAUGCGGAGUUAACCUCUGGUAGCCAGGUCUCACAGGUGCUUCGGACAUUGCUCGAUCCCGAUAAUAUGGUAUCCAUGCAAAAGUCCGAUAGAUCUGAAUUUUUGAGUUUGUUCUAUCAAAGGUCCAUUUAUACGCUUGUUAGGCCAAUGAUGGAGAACGUGAAGGGUGGAACGAUCAAGCGUGAUGAUUACUGUAUGGCGAACCGUCAAUCCCUAGUCGUUCGGUUGCUUUGCUUUUGUAUCGAGCACCACUCCUUUUCAAUGAGGCAGCACUGCAUUUCGAAUGACCUGCUCAACAAGGUAUUAGUCCUCCUCCAAAGCAAGCAUCACUUCUUGGCUCUAGGGGCCCUGAAGAUGCUACGUACUGUGCUAGCUGUCAAGGAUGACUUCUACAAUCGUUAUAUAGUGAGAGAGAAAGUUCUUGACCGAGUAGUAGAGUGUUUUGUACGUAAUGGGCCUAAGUACAACUUGUUGAACUCGGCGAUGCUUGAACUCUUCGAUUAUAUUCGAUCGGAGGACAUAAAACCACUGGUAAAGUACACUGUCGAGAAUCACAUGGCUGCUUUCGAAGAUGUCACUUAUGUGAAAUUGUUCUCUGAGUUGAAGAUUCGGUACGAACAACAACGUGAUCGUGAAAAAGCUGCGAACGCGGUGAAAGAUGAACGUGUGCCGAGUCCGGCUGCGUUCGCAAAGGAGAGACAGGAAGAACAAUGGUUCGAUGGCGAUGAAGAUGAAACGGAAGUCAAGAAAGAAGCAGCAGAAAAGAAAGAAGCUAAACGAGAUGAUACGCCAAGAAAAACUGGCAUCGAGCCAAUGUUCCCAUCAGUACUCAAGCGAAAGAACGCUUUCGAUGAGGAUGAUGGCGCGGUGUUCAGCGGCCAACCAACCACUCCUCUAGCACCUGUUAAUGCAGUGUCUGAAAAGAAGAUCGUGAUCAAGAUGAAUGACCGAUCGCGGACGCCAUCCCCUUCUGGAUCUCCUUGCUCAUCCACCUCCGUGUCACCAACUCCUCAAGCUCGCGAUGAUGAAGUGUCGUCUUCGCAGAAUCAUAGCAAGGAGAACAGUCCCUCAAUGAGCAUCAAGUCCCUUGUCGACUACGACGAAUCCGAUUCCGACGAAGAUGAAAAUAGUGCGCCCAACGACGCACUACCAUCUUCUUCAACCGGAAGUCCAGUCCCGGCACAGCUCGGUUCCACUACCGAGACCGACGGCAGUGCCGGAGCGGAAACAACGAAAAUCGCCCCAGCUCCACCAUCUGGUGACCUUUCCCCUUGUGAUGACGAUGUCUCAUCCACAAGUGGUGAAGAGGAAACCACUGCUGGUGGAGAUAUGUUCGUACGACGAAAACGACCGUCAAAUAGCGAUUUCGACGAGGAUUUGGCUAAGCGUAGUCGUGCCUCCCCAACGACAGAAACCUAACCUCACAAAGAGACUGCCGUUUGAUUCAUAGAACUCAUAGGUGGCUAAACAACCACCAUACUCGUUGUUGCUGAUCGUUAACAGAUGUAUGUGAUAUGUGGAUCUGAAAUUCUUUUCUUCCUCCCUUUUUAGGAUGCACUUUUGUAAAUAGGUCUGCUGUCAAAAGCUCAAGUUGAUGCUUCGAGUGCGUUUUCCUACACCCAAAAUCACACAUCCCCGUUAUUCCCAUCGCCUUGUAUGUUCGGC